AUAGAAAGUUAUAACAAGGUUAAUAAUUUGUUUGAUUUUUUUCCUUUCCAUUUUUUAUAGGACUUUAUGCUUCUUGUGUUCAACUUGCUAAAUCAUAGCACUCAUAUUCCACAUUAAAUUGAACGUUGAAGCAUGUAUAAAAUAAACAUCAGUGGGGAAAGGAAGAGAUUUCUCAGGGGCAAAAAAAGGCACGGAAAGGUGUGCUGCACCCUGGGCAGUAAGUGGGGGAUCAAGUUACUCUGUUGUUGUAAAUAGUGUCGAUUCUGUAUUCUAGACUGAAAAACCAGCAAAUGACAGCUUUCUCUAGUAAGUCCUGAGGCCAUCGGCCCCGUUUUUGAGAAUAAGUCAUAAGUAAGCCUCUAAACUAAGACAGUCUCGCUGGUCCUCUCCUUCUGCAAUUGUCUUCCAGUCUCAAUGGGAUACUGAAGAGAAGGCUCCAUAGAAUAAACAGUGGAAUCCUUGUCCGGGAAUGACUGCCUGGCAGUUGUUUCAUGGAAAACAGGGAGGGGUGGGGGACAACAACCCUUUUCUGUUCACUGGCUCUUUAAUUUAGAUUACCAAUGAUAAAGCCCGGGCUACGGCUCAAGAAAGGUAGGAUGCAGACGCAGGAACAUUAGUGCUAAUAUGCUGCAGAAAGACGAGAUAAAUCAGCCCAGCUCUCAUACAUCACUGAGGGAGAAGCUGAUUGCAACUUGACCAUGUGCCUGAGUAGUCCCCUCAGUGAGAAGAGCAGAGCAUGGAUUAAAAAAAUCUAGAAUGUACCUUUAGGGGCUCCUGCUGAGCUGGACCUGGGAGGAGAGUCUGGUAAAUAUCGACAGUACAUGGCAGGACUUCUGGCUCCUCCUUAUGGUGUUAUGGAAACGGGCUCUAACAAUGACAGGAUUCCUGACAAGGAGAACACACCUCUCAUUGAACCUCACGUUCCUCUUCGUCCUGCUAACACCAUUACCAAGGUUCCUUCAGAGAAGAUCCUCAGGGCUGGAAAAAUUUUACGAAACGCCAUUCUCUCUCGAGCACCUCACAUGAUAAGAGAUAGAAAAUACCACCUAAAGACAUACAGACAGUGCUGUGUGGGGACCGAGCUGGUGGACUGGAUGCUGCAGCAGACUCCAUGUGUCCACUCCCGAACACAAGCUGUGGGCAUGUGGCAAGUCCUGGUAGAAGACAGCGUUCUCAACCACGUGGAUCAGGAGCAUCACUUCCAAGACAAAUAUUUAUUUUAUCGGUUUCUGGAUGAUGAGCAUGAGGACGCCCCUUUGCCUACGGAGGAGGAAAAAAAGGAGUGUGAUGAGGAGCUGCAGGACACCAUGCUGCUGCUGUCGCAGAUGGGCCCGGACGCCCACAUGAGGAUGGUCCUUCGCAAACCACCUGGACAGAGGACCAUGGAUGACUUAGAAAUUAUCUAUGAAGAACUCCUUCACAUUAAAGCCUUAUCCCAUCUUUCUACCACAGUGAAACGGGAGUUGGCAGCGGUUCUCAUUUUUGAGUCUCAUGCCAAAGGAGGGACUGUGUUAUUUAACCAAGGGGAAGAAGGCACCUCCUGGUACAUUAUUCUAAAAGGAUCAGUGAAUGUAGUCAUUUAUGGCAAGGGUGUGGUCUGUACCCUGCAUGAGGGCGAUGACUUUGGCAAGUUAGCCCUGGUGAAUGAUGCCCCGAGAGCUGCCUCCAUCGUCUUGAGAGAAGAUAACUGCCAUUUCUUAAGAGUAGACAAGGAGGAUUUCAACCGGAUCCUGAGGGACGUUGAGGCGAAUACAGUCAGACUUAAAGAACAUGACCAAGAUGUCUUGGUGCUGGAGAAGGUCCCAGCAGGGAACAGGGCUUCUAAUCAAGGAAACUCACAGCCUCAGCAAAAGUAUACUGUGAUGUCAGGAACACCUGAAAAAAUUUUAGAGCAUUUUCUAGAAACGAUACGCCUUGAGCCAGCUUUAAAUGAAGCAACAGAUUCUGUUUUAAAUGACUUUGUUAUGAUGCACUGUGUUUUUAUGCCAAAUACCCAGCUUUGCCCAGCUCUGGUGGCCCAUUACCAUGCACAGCCUUCGCAAGGUACAGAACAAGAGAAAAUGGAUUAUGCCCUCAACAACAAGAGGCGAGUCAUCCGCCUGGUUUUGCAGUGGGCUGCCAUGUAUGGAGACAUCCUACAGGAGGAUGACGUGGCCAUGGCUUUCCUGGAGGAGUUUUAUGUGUCUGUAUCAGAUGAUGCCCGGAUGCUUGCCACCCUCAAGGAGCAACUGCCUGAGCUGGAGAAGAUUGUCAAGCAAAUUUCAGAAGAUGCAAAGGCUCCACAAAAGAAGCACAAAGUUCUUUUGCAACAGUUCAACACAGGCGAUGAGAGAGCCCAGAAGCGCCAGCCUAUCCGUGGCUCUGAUGAAGUUCUGUUUAAAGUCUAUUGCAUGGACCACACCUACACAACCAUCCGGGUACCGGUGGCUGCCUCGGUGAAGGAAGUCCUCAGCGCAGUUGCCGACAAACUGGGCUCCGGGGAAGGCCUGAUCAUCGUCAAGAUGAGUUCCGGGGGAGAAAAGGUGGUGCUCAAACCUAAUGAUGUUUCAGUAUUUACAACGCUCACCAUUAAUGGACGCCUGUUUGCUUGCCCGCGAGAGCAAUUCGAUUCACUGACUCCCUUGCCAGAACAGGAGGGCCCAACUGUUGGAACAAUGGGAACUUUCGAACUGAUGAGCUCCAAAGAUUUGGCCUACCAGAUGACAAUUUAUGAUUGGGAGCUCUUCAACUGUGUGCAUGAGCUGGAGCUAAUCUAUCACACAUUUGGAAGGCAUCAUUUUAAAAAGACCACAGCAAACUUGGAUUUGUUCCUGAGGAGGUUUAAUGAAAUUCAGUUUUGGGUUGUCACUGAGAUUUGCCUUUGUUCCCAGCCUAGCAAGCGUGUUCAGCUCUUAAAAAAAUUUAUUAAGAUCGCAGCCCACUGUAAGGAGUACAAAAAUCUGAAUUCCUUUUUUGCCAUCGUCAUGGGACUAAGUAAUGUAGCUGUGAGCCGCCUGGCACUGACGUGGGAGAAACUGCCAAGCAAGUUCAAGAAGUUCUAUGCAGAGUUUGAAAGUUUAAUGGAUCCUUCAAGAAACCACAGGGCCUACAGGCUGACAGUAGCCAAAUUGGACCCUCCUCUCAUCCCCUUCAUGCCUUUGCUCAUUAAAGAUAUGACAUUUACUCAUGAGGGGAACAAGACGUUCAUUGACAAUCUAGUAAACUUUGAAAAAAUGCGAAUGAUUGCAAAUACUGCCAGAACAGUGAGAUACUGCAGGAGCCAACCCUUCAAUCCUGAUGCAGCUCAAGCUAAUAAGAACCAUCAGGAUGUCCGGAGUUACGUUCGGCAAUUAAAUGUGAUCGACAACCAGAGAACUUUAUCACAGAUGUCACACAGACUAGAGCCUCGUCGACCAUAGACAUUUCAAGUGCCCAGAACAACGUUUGCCUCCAUCCACAAUCUUUCAAAAAUGCCAUUUAUGCUACUACUGACCAUACUGUCACUAGAGAAUUCUAUAAAACAAGCAAAAACCCAUCCUGAGACAUCUCAGGGCUGCAUUCAGCUUACCAGCAUCAUGACAAGAGAAGAAAUUCUUUGACUUGCAUACAGCUUGCACACUCUAACUUAGAAAUCCCCUGUUCAUAGUCACCUUAUUUUAUUUCCAGUCGUGCCAUCUUCUUUGCUGAAACAUAAAAUAAGAGCAACAUGAAGAGUAUGGUAGAAAUAUCAUUGUCAAGAGAAGUGUCAAGCUCCUGAUAUUUUUUCUAGGAGUAUUUACAGGAUGAGAUGUGCUACAAAUGGUAUUUAUUUGGCUACAUCAGUGGUGGUAUAGUUUCAUAAUUUCUAACUCAACAUCUUGAUUUGAGCAUGGGGUUUUGGGAAGGUGUUGAGGAAUCCAUGUAACUCCAAACUAGAGGCUGUAUUCUUCCAUCUUCAUAGUCUUACCUCUGAAGGAAUUGUACCUGACCACAUUACUAUAAAACAUUCUGGCUAUUUAUGUAAUUUUAGGGAAGACUGGUCUGUAAUUUCUGAAUGACUUACAGAAUAAUAUUUAUGUUUACAAUACAACUUUUUAAAAUUUACAAAUCAGGAUUACAUAUAUAAGAAUUCCACUGAGAAACUCUAAGGUUCUUAAAAUUGCCAGCGUUAAGAUUUAAAAAAAAAUGAUAUUUCAGAAGAGCACAAUAUGCACAAAACAUUUUUCAAAAUUAUUUUCCUGGGCAUUAAAAAACCUUUACUAUUGGCUAAUUAUUGUUACUGAUUUAAAAAACCCACAUAUUUUCUGGACUUAAAUGUUAUUACAGAUACCUUAAUUUUCAGCAAUUGUUUUGCACUUUCAAAUAGAUUGUAAAUAGUUCAUUCAAUCAAUGGUAUAGAGUUAUUUAUUUGCUACAUAAUAGAUAUUGUGCCAAAUAAUUACUGUUUAUUUAUUUAGUAUGUAAUUUUGGAGUACAUUUUUUCCUGUUUCCACAAUUAGGCUACAUUAUGUGCAGGAAUUGUAUGUAUGUAUAUCUUCUGUAAAUAACAACUAGUAUCUUCAUUAAAUAUAAUUGUGACAAGAAGUAUUGUUCUCAGUUCCUAUAAUAUAGGAGAGAUAACCACUUGGCAUGGUGGAGUCCUGUAUAUUUUUUUUAAUUGAAAUAAAAUUCACAUACUCUAAAAGUCA